AUGCCCAGACAGGACAGUGUCACUAUGGACACCGAGUCCACGUACUCGGGAUACUCGUACUACUCCGGCCGCUCGCGGGGGUCACAUCGCCACGGAGAGAGAAGUCGCGACCGGCACAAAUCGCGGAGCAAAGACAGCCGCUCGGAGAAAUCGGUCACCAUCAACACACCGCCGGCGGAACCACUGCUGGGGGACUCUUCGGUCCGAGGGGAGACCGUCCAGGUGAGCCUUACGCUUGAAUCAGAGCGCUGCUUAAUCACAGAGCGGGCUGACGGAGCAGGGCAGUGCUCCAGGCAGGGAUGUCCUCACUCUGCCAACGCUGAAGUUUCUCAACCACACGACUGA